CAAAGAUCGGUUGUAAACUUUCUCCAUACACCUCUACAUUUCCCAUUAACUCACUCGCUCCUUCUUAUAACAUCAACUAUGUCUGAUUUCGGAAGCUAUGGAGGUGGUUCAAUGGAAGCCAAGAAGCAACAGGUUAUGGACCAGGUUCGCAGCGAGCUUGCCCUUGCUAAUGCCCAGGAGUUGAUCAAUAAAAUCAACGAGAAGUGCUUCGCAAGGUGCGUGCCAAAACCCAGUACCAAGUUGAGUGGCGGAGAACAGGAUUGCCUUUCCAAGUGCAUGGAUCGCUACAUGGAGGCAUGGAACAUUGUUUCCCGCACUUACAUUAACCGUGUUCAGCGUGAGUCGCAGAACAUGGGUGGAAGCCUCUAAAUCAAACAAAUCCUCAAUAGUUAGGUCCCUUUUAUAUGUCUUUUUUUUUUU